GGGCAACAGAGCAAGACCUUGUCUCAAAAAAAGGCAGCAGCUCCAAAGAGUAGGUUACGCCAAUGGCCAAUACUCUGUAAUUUCCUCCCUGCUUUAGAAUGCCUGACAAAUGUGACUUCAUGAAUACACACACACCAGGCAGGUACUGUCACCCUCAUUAUAUAGAAGUGGCAAUGUUAUUCUCACCCCCGUUUUACAGAGGUGGGGACUGAGGCGCAGAGAGGCUAACCACUCCCUAGUGCCAGGCAGCUGAUAGUAAAUGGCAGAACCAGGAUUCAGACCUAAAAGAGUUUGACUUCAGGGUCAGUGUAAUUGGAGGAGAGGAAGUGGAGGCGGUAAAUGAAACACCGUGCUUUUGAGAGGUGGUGUUUCUCUUUGCACACUUCUGCUGGAAAGAAGAACAGAGAUAGGUACAAGACGAUGGGUGCAUGUCGACAGGAGGGACCCAUGUGGAGGCUGAAACUGUUGAUGCUGUGGAGGGGUGCUGAGAACUGAAGCCUUUGAGGAGCAGGAUGCCUGGUUUGCUUUUGUGUGAACCGACAGAGCUUUACAACAUCCUGAAUCAGGCCACAAAACUCUCCAGAUUAACCGAACCCAACUAUCUCUGUUUAUUUGAUGUACGUUCCAAAUGGGAGUAUGAUGAAAGCCAUGUGAUCACGGCCCUUCGAGUGAAGAAGAAAAAUAACGAGUAUCUUCUCCCGGAAUCUGUGGACCUGGAGUGUGUCAAGUACUGCGUGGUGUAUGAUAACAACACCAGCACCCUGGAGGUACUCUUAAAAGAUGACGAUGAUGAUUCAGACUCUGAUAGUGCUGGCAAAGGUGUGGUGCCUGGAGCAGCCAUUGAGUAUGGCAGGAUCCUGACCCGCCUUACCCGCCACCCUGUCUACAUCCUGAAAGGGGGCUAUGAGCGCUUCUCAGGCACAUACCACUUCCUCCGGACCCAGAAGAUCAUCUGGAUGCCUCAGGAACUGGAUGCAUUUCAGCCAUACCCCAUUGAAAUCAUGCCAGGGGAGGUCUUCCUCGGCAAUUUCAGUCAAGCCUGUGACCCCAAAAUUCAGAAGGACUUGAAAAUCAAAGCCCAUGUCAAUGUCUCCAUGGAUACAGGGCCCUUUUUUGCAGGCGAUCCUGACAGGCUUCUGCACAUCCAGAUAGAAGAUUCCCCAGAAGCCCAGAUUCUCCCCUUCUUACGCCACAUGUGUCACUUCAUUGAUGCUCACCGUCACCUUGGCUCUGUCAUUCUGAUCUUUUCCACCCAAGGUAUCAGCCGCAGCUGUGCCGCCAUCAUAGCCUACCUCAUGCAUUGUAACGAGCAGACCUUGCAGAGGUCCUGGGCCUAUGUCAAGAAAUGCAAAAACAACAUGUGUCCAAAUCGGGGAUUGGUGAGUCAGCUGCUGGAAUGGGAGAAGACUAUCCUUGGAGAUUCCAUCACAAACAUCAAGGAUCCGCUCUACUGAUCUUCUCUGCGGCCCAGCGAAGGGUACUGAAGAGCCUCGCUGGGGGGCAUUUUGUGGGUGGAGGGUCACAGUGUGUAUACCCAGGCUUGUCUGGAAGGAGAAGGCCUUUACUGCCUGAAAGUCUCA